AGCGCAUUCCAUUCUUUUGCACGGUCUGUUUUCAUUUGAAACUCCGCUCACUGAGCGAGCAGUUAGGAACGCUCAGCGCCACUCGUCAAACUCCGGGAACUGUUCCGUCUGGGUCAAUGGCAGAAACGUUUGGCCACAAUUUGCGCAAAAACGCUGUUGGUGUGCUAGUCGGUGCAGGAGCCGCCUAUUUACUGUAUAACGCCUUUACGUCCGGAGGCGGCCAGCUGAAAGAGUGCGCUGGUAAAGUGAAGAAGCUGAAGAAAACUCAAAACCCGGAACCAUUAAGCAGGCUGUUUGAGCAGCUGGAGGAGAAGAACAGCACAUACGGCAGGGCUGCCCUCCUGUGUGAGAUCCGUCAGUAUCUGGAGCUGUGUGAACACAAUGAAGUGACAUUUAUGCCCGCUCAGAUUGGCAUCAUUGCUGCAAUGCUGGAGGAUGAAGACAUGGUGGUUACAACAAACUGCUUCCAAGUCCUCAACAGCUUGGCAGGGAACUUCAGCAACCAAAAGGAGAUGCAGAAGUGCAUCCCCCGGAUUAUUUAUUUCUCAGCCCAGAGUGCGUGCCUGGAGCAGCAGAUAGCUGGCCUCGGGCUGAUCAGCACACUGGCACUCUGCAGCGGGAACCAUCCCGAGAUCCUGAAGGGCAUUCCGGAGUACCUGCGCAUCCUGCAGACAGCGCGCUACAGUGGCAGGGUCUCGAUGAUUAUUACAAGAAUCCUAUUCAGUCUGUCUACAAACCGAGGCCUCGCCUAUGUUUUGCUGAACUCCAAGGUCGAGCCUGCGUUCCUCCACCUCUUCAACCCCUUUGUGAAUAAAGACAUCAUAUACCAGCUCCUGGCCUUCGUGGGCAACCUGAACGAGAGCCUCAAGAGCGAGAACUCCUCGUGUGUGCAGUGGGAGUACAACGAGGAGUCCCUGUAUGUGCUUCUCUUCAGCUCGGACUCCCCGCUUCUCAACAAGCUGCUGCCACUCAUGAACCACAAUGACACGCGAGUCAAGAGCGCCGCCGUCAGCAUCGUCAGCAAGCUCGUGUAACACAGUGAUGACUGUGUGGUACAUUACUAUUGCAAACAUAGACUCCAAUAAACCAAGAAGAAUCUUUACCUCUACCGCAUUGCUGCUGUUGUUGUUUUAGAUACAAGUGACUGAUCAGCUUGUAUCAAACAUAGAACUAAAUUAGCCUGGAAUAAUGUGGGUUUUUUU